CCUUCAUCACUCCUAUAUAGAUCAAGCAUCGCCCAAUUAUAUUUGACUCUUGGAACAGUUCCAACAUACUUACUGCCAUGUCCUGGAGGAUACCCAAGUGGACUACUGUUCUAUUUUGAUUUGAUGAGUACAUUAAAUCAAUCAUGGACUCAAAUCUGUCUGUUAACUGCUGCAGCUUGGUUUGGUAGUUUCAUAUCAAUUAACAGAGCUCUAGCUGUUUCGAUGAAUGUGACGGAGAUAACGAAAAAAAAAGUGCUGCUAGUUUUUUUCAUGCUUCUUAUUUUUCAAAAUAUUGUGUUCAUAUCUGCGGGUUUUAUGCUGGAACAUGGUGUUUUUGAAAAUCAUCUAGCAUGUAAACAGGAGCUAAGUGCUGAGUACCAUCAUUUUCUUUUCUUGCCACAAACUGUCAUGAUGCGUACUUCAAAAGGACACGGCCUGAUUUACACAGCUUUUUGCAUUUUUUCAAUCUUUGCUGCUUACGUGAUUAUUGCUCUGUGCGCUGCGCCUAUUCUACUCCUCAGUUUGAGACGUCAAAGUAGAGUAUCUCAGUCGUCAAGAUUCAAUGAUAUGCAACGGAAGCUAACUAUCGGUGUUAUUU